AUGGAUCUUUUCACCCGUCUGUACGGCGAUGCCUGCGUGUUGGAGGGCCUUUUGAUGAAUCCCGACAUCCUCCAGCGAGUGACGAACGCGUUUCGUCGGGCGGAGGCGUCAACACCGCCCGAUGGGGAGGGAGGGUUGCUUUUGGAGCUCCGUUUUGAUCGCCUGACGUGCGAUGGGGUCGACUGGGAGGCCGCCGCGGCUGCCUUGCCGUUUCUCGCCCUGCGUUCCCUUACCUUUGAGGAUUCUUAUCUUGGUGAUCGCGGGUUGCGCGUUAUCUGCCGCGUGCUCUCUACGCGUGUUUUGCAUUCCUCGAUUGCGAUUGUGGGUGAAAUUCCUAUUCGCCCCGCUCCGCGGUGGCUGCGCUCGCUUGUUCUCAAACACACUUCUCUGAAGGAUGCUACGCCGCUGAUGGAUGUGCUCGCGGCGUGCCCGCAACUUUCUUUUUUGGAUGUUUCGUGGAACCGACUGGGUGUGUGUGUGGAGGGAUUUGUGGUGUUUUGCCGCGCGCUUUGCGUGCAUCCCCGCUUGACAGGGGUGGAUUUAUCGGGGAAUUUGCUCGAGGGCUGUCGCGGGAGUAGGGUGGUGCGGGCGCUGUCGGAGCUUUUGGUUUGCUGCGGCCGUCCUGAGAGCUCGUUGAGGGCGCUUUACCUCCAGGAAAAUCAACUCGGGGAGUACUUCCUCUAUUCACGUACGCUCAUGGAAUCACGUGAAAAAGUGUGGGGGGAUGGUUCCCCCGCGGACAGUGGCGGGGGCACGGCUUUCGGGAGUUUAGAUGAGGAUCCCUAUUUUUUGAAUUUUAGAAAAACAGGCUCCAUACAAGGUGAGUCGACAUCUUUCGCUCCAUCCUGUAUGCUUCUUAGCGAGCAUCCGUUCAUGGAGGCCUUAUUUCUGAAUAACACAAUUGAGGAGCUCCGCUUGGAGGGGAAUGGAAUUCCAGAGGGGUUACUCGUGUGGAUUGAGGCGAAGUUGCGCGUAAAUCGACGAACACGCCAACAAUACAUGCAACAGUUCAGCGCUCAGAAGAAGGAUGAGCACCCUAUCACGUUGGGAGCGUAG